CAUUUCCUAACCGAAAAUCGAACCUGAAAGUCGCAUUCGGGUGAUUAUUUUGUAUGCGGAAAACUAAAUACGAUUGGAACUAGAUUUGAAAUUCGGAAAAUUCAGUGUGAAAAUACGAGAAACGUUUGCUGUGUAUGGUGUAAUUUGCAGUGGCCUCGGAUGAGUCGUAUCGCGAAUUUUUCUGUUUUGCGUUUUAUGUGGGGGUGAGUGUGGGCACAAUGGGGCGGGGGCAGAGCUCGCCCAUGGAGCUCGGCUAGAGGCUUCCUGCCGGCUGCCCGCCGGCUAACCGGCUGCCUAAAUACCGAAGCAGCGGCCGCUUAAGCCGGCCGGUCCCCUCUGCCGCCCCCACACCCCGGAGCAGCCAAAGGCGUCGUACGCCCAUGGAGCCGCCAGCGGCUGAUCACCGGGACCAUAAAUGCCAUAGGCCCAGUGCCUUUUCCAAAAUGGAGGGGCUGGUGAGAGAAAUGCAAGAUACGGAACAUGGAGGUGUCCCUGUUAGGAGUCAGAAACUCUUUCUUACAUCUAUCCCUGCAGCUUUCAUGGGGUAUGACCUAAUUGAAUGGCUAAUGGAACGACUCGGAAUCGAAGAAUCUGAAGCACUUAACAUCGCCAAUCAACUAUGUCAGUACGGAUACUUUUUUCCCAUAAGCGACUCUAAGAACCUCGUAGUUAAAGAUGAUAGCUCCUUAUACCGAUUUCAGAAUCCUUAUUAUUGGCCUUGGCAGAAUAGACCGCCCGACAAUGUUGAGUACGCCAUAUACUUAACAAAAAGAACUCUAAGAAAUAAGCAGAGACAUGGGUUAGAGGAUUAUGAGAUCGAGGCGAUGAGUAAUCUGAAGAAAAAUUUAGCCAACAAAUGGGAUUUCAUAAUGAGUCAAGCGGAAGAGCAGGUGAAAUUAUCAAAAGGGUUAAAAAAAGCUGAUAAGUUGGUAAGUGAUUCUCAAGAAAGGGCGUAUUGGAGAGUACAUCGCCCGCCACCAGGUAUGGUAAGUUCGUUAGAACCUUGCCCUGUACCUACUAGGAGUUGGAAUGGAAGCACUAGAACUAGAAAAAAGACUAUAGAAGACUGUAAACGAGAGGUAGAGCUACUAAAAAAUAGUUUAUCAAAAACAAGAAUGAAGGUGUCUCAAGCUUUAGAAAGUAUGGUACAACACGUCGAGAUUUAUACAGAAUACGAUCCUCUUAUAACCCCCACUCAACCAUCUAAUCCAUGGGUUAGCGAAGAUUUGACGUAUUGGCAGCUCAACAGCCCCCUCGAGGUAAUGAUGCACCGUUUAAGGAAAUCAUUUGAAGUUAUGGUAAAAAGGGUGGAUGUUCCUACGGAAAAAAGGGUAAGAAGAUGGGCUUUGUCUAUGGAGGAGUUGGUAUCCGACCCAACAGGACUGCAAGAGUUUACGAAUUAUCUUAGAAAAGAAUACAGUCACGAAAACAUUCGAUUUUGGAUGGCUGUUCAAGAUUUGAGGAGGUCAGCGCAAUCACAGAUAUCUUGGAAGGUUCAAGAGAUUUUCGAGGAAUUUUUAGCACCCGGGGCACCAUGCGAAAUUAACAUAGAUGGAAAAACAAUGGAAAAAAUAAAUCAAGAAAUGAAAUCACCGAGUAGAUUCACUUUCGACGCCGCACAAGAACAUGUGUAUACAUUACUUCUGAAGAAAGAUUGUUAUCCUAGGUUCAUUAGGUCGGAUUAUUACAAAAAUUUAUUAGCUACGGGUAUCCAACCAUCACAAAAGAAACGUUUUUUUGGGUUUGGCCAAACAAAGAAAAAAGCUUCGACCAGUACAGCUCCCAAUCAGCAACUAAUUCAACAGCAACCUUCUCAAGGAACUGUCGUUAUGUGCGGAGCUCUUUCGAAACGUCGGGGCAGUGAUAGAAGCCUAUCUGGCUCUGCUCAUGAGCUUGCCAUAUCUGGAGUAAAGGAUACCAAAGUGCCCCAUUCUCAUUCUCAGAGUAAUCUCAGUGAUAUACCUUACAGGGGUGAUCUGGCGUGUAUUGCGAAGCUUCCCGUAGUUGCAGCCAAUCAGAUCAAUACUAACGUCAGUUUGGUAAAGAAGCCCAACAUAGCUAUUGUAGCUGGAGCAUCAACAUCUGAAGAUGUUUGUCCGUGGGAGACAGGUACGACCGAAUCUAGAAGUCGAAAAAAUUCAAUUCAGCUCGACUCUGGAAGUUCAUCUUCAGAUAUUAGUGUCGCAGUUGCUGACGUUACUGGAAAGGUACAGAGAUCGUGUAUGUUAACGCAACAACACACGCUAGACAGUUGUCGUAACCUAAUCGCCCAGCCGACAGAACCCCAAAGAAGAGCCUCCGUUUCCGUUCCCAUUCAACAUUCUACGGCGUCAACUACAGCGGACUCUUCUUCCUCAGUUGGUAGACGGAAAGUUUCUUCGUUCGAAGACAGCACCGCAAUUAUUAGUUCCUCAACGGCACUUAAUAAAGUAUCGGCGCUGAGUUCCUUCGAAACUAUAGGUACUAGUGGAAGCGUUAUUGCUUCAAAUUCCGCUGCUACUACGCAUAUGACAUCGUCUUUCGCGUUCGGUAAUAUUAGUGACGUAGACAAUAAAUCCUCGGAGCCGGAGGAAAAAGUUAUUAAAACUUUAAAAAAAAGUCAUAGUCUUGUAAAAACUUUUACUUCUAGCGGAUCAGGGUCUGUAGCACCUACUAUAAGUGUUAGUUCGGCUGUGGAUGAAACCAUUUAUUCAGAAGUUAGUGAGUUAGAAGAAAAAGAAGAGAAUGUUAGCGAAAUUACGAUAUGUAUGAUUCAGGAACCUCUAGCACCUCUAGCGGAACCUGAUAGUGAGUCCCCAGGUAGUGAAUUACCCCCUUCGGAAAUAGGAGAAACUUUAGAAAUAGAAGCAGGGGAUAUUGAAACGGAAAAUAUUGAAGAGCAGGAUCAAGAACAAGCCGAAGCUAAGUCGAAUGAUGUUUGUCCUUGGGAAGAUGAGGAGACCUGCAAAGUUGAUACUCCAUUUGUGAAGACCUACGCAACAUUAGGAUAUCUUUAAUAACACUAUGUAUCUAUUAGUUCAUCCGCCAAAUCAAAAACAAUAUUUUAGAAUAAUACUUGAAGUGUUCAAAGUAUGGUAAGAAGCAUAAAAUAGAAAAAGUGAUAAGUAGUGAUUUAAAUUUCCAAUUUACUGAAACAGUUUCUCAUUUUUCUUUUGUUGCUGACAAAAUUGAAAUGAUUAUCAACACUUAUCACUAUUAUCUCAUGAACUGACUGAUGGAAUCAUCGGCAUAUAUUGUCAUAGUAUAGUUUUACAAAUCUACAAUGAUUGUUUCAUCCACUUAGAAGUAUUUGCUCACAAAUAUUCGUUUAUUACACAAAAAUAAUCUCAUAUGUUAGGUUAAAUCUAGAAUGAAUUUAUCUAAAAUGUUUUUGUUAUUCCGCUCGCUAAUAAAAACUUCAAAAUUAAUGUGAACGGAAGUUUUUCCUCAUAUAAUAGUCCCAGAUCUGGCUACAAAAAACAGGAUCGGAAAAAUUUACUGAAAAACCUCAGAAUGUGCGCGCUCGAAAACUUUUCUAACGCGUGUUUUAAAGCUCAAUUAAGAACGGUAUAAUAGCACAGAAGUUUUGCAGUCCAGAAAACCUUCGUAAGAAGUGGCCGAAAGUGCCGGAAAACUCAUUUGUUUCUGGAUAAAACACCUAAAGAAGAGAUUGACGAAAAUUGUCCAUUAGGUGCCGAGAGAGAUACUGACGACGGCAAUGAUGACCUGGAGAACGAGAUGGAUGAUUGUGAUAAGUGAAAGGAAAGUUGUGAACAGCCAUGGAUGUUCAUUCUAUAUUAUUUUCGUUUGUGAUGUUAAUAAAUUUUACUUAGUUAUAUUUGUUGAUCAUAGAGCUCAAUUCUAUUCCUUUUAUUAUAAUAUUGUAUCUAAAAAGUGUGCGAAAUGUGAGCAUUAGAUGAGUUAAUAAUUUAAGGCGUUUUGCAAUGAUAGAGGUGCCAGUUUAUAAGCUGAAAUAGCGCCCACCUUAUCGACCACGUUUUUUAUAGCCAGCUAGAGUCUAUAAGCUCAUCUAAUAUGUACUAAUUUUGUUGACAUUAUAUUGAAAAUCGUGUAUCACAAACGUCUAUGGAAUUCAAAUACCGAAGAAUCUUGAAAAAUUUGGAUACUGAAUGGAAAGGAUUGAUCGUUUGCUUUUGGGAUUCCAUGUUUAUGACAGAUUUCCGCUAUAACGAUUAUUAUGAAUCUCUUCUCUUCAGUCUGUCAUUAUUUCAAUAAUACUUGAAAAUAUCUGUUGUUAGGUUACAUGUCACAUUAAAAAUUAAUGCGUGGAACUAAAAAAUUUGUCGGUGCUACUAAAUGCUGACAUCACGCUUGAAAGUUGACUUUUGUUUGAGCCCUAUAGUCGUUCAUGUCGUGAUCAUAGCAUUUAAUAGCGUUAUGCGUUUUAUCGAAUACUAAAUAAUUGAUUAAGAACUUAGAACGCUUUUAUAGAAUUAUAUAUAUAUAUAUAUAUAUAUAUAUAUAUAUAUAU